AGCAGCUGUUCCAGUGAGCUUUUGGGGCCUGGGAGAAGUCAGAGCGACCCCGCCAGUCCAGGUGUCCAACCCCUAAACUCGACUCCCCGCAGCGUGAUUGGGUCCGGCGUGAUCUGGCAGCAGUGGUCAGAUGAUAUUACUGGUGCUUCUGGGUCUCCCCAGCCGACCAUGAUGAAUUUCUACCUACAGUAUACAUCAGGGAUGUCUGUAGGUGUUCAACUUGAAAGGAAAUGACUCCUUGCUAAGAAUACAGAUUUGAAGUCCCUCAUGAUUGUCUCCAAUGGAAAGAUGCUGACCCUGAAUAAGAUGAUGACUCUAAGUCCCCAAAUCCUGGAUGUAUAUGAACAAGAUAGAUUACUGAGAGCAGAUGCCCCCAAGGAAAGGGUAACCAUUCUAGGAAAAGAGAAAUUUAACCAUGAGGCUUCUCGCCAGAACUUCAGAUUUUUCCCGUACCCAGAGAAAGCUGGACCCCGUGAGGCUGUGAACCAGCUCUGGGAACUCUGCCUUCAGUGGCUGAGGCCAGAGAUUCACACAAAGGAGCAGAUCCUGGAGCUGCUGGUGCUGGAGCAAUUCCUGACCAUCUUGCCCAGUGAGAUCCGGAUUUGGGUGAAGUCACAACAUCCAGAGAACAUUGAGGAGGUGGUCACUAUGGUGGAGGAUUUGACCCAGAUGCUUGAGGAAGAAGCUCUCUGUUCUCAAGAUUCUGUCCUUCCCCAAGAGGGAGACAGAGACAGAGAAAGAGAAGGAAUGCUGACUGUGAUCCCAAUAAGCAGAUCUCAGAAAUCAGUGACAUUUAAGGAUGUGGCUCCAGAUUUUACCUGGGAAGAGUGGGCACAACUGAACCCUGUUGAACAGGCCCUCUGCAGAGAAGUGCUACUGGAAACUUAUAGGAACCUAGUUUUUCUUGGUCUUUCAGCAACCUCCAAACCAGAUGUUAUCUCUCAGUUGGAAGAUGGAAAAGUUCCAGGGAUGUUGGGUAGUGAAACUCCAAAAGGCACCAGUUCAUAUUGGAACACUGUGCCUAAAGCCAAAGAUUCAGUUACAAAAUGGGACACUUUUGCAAAAGAAUCAUCUCAGAGGGUGAUAAUGGAAAGAUCCACAAGGCAUUGCUGUUGGCACUCUGAACUGGGAGAAUCCUUUAUACAUUAUGAUACAUUAGUAAGGCAACACAUCCACCAGGAGAAACUGGUAAAGCAAUCAACAAUCACAUCUCAACAAAUAUCAAGUAAGGAAAGAAGCUUUGAAAGAAAUGAAUUUGGGAAAAACUUCAGUCUAAGGUCAAUCCUAGUUACACAGGAGAGAGUUCCUACAGUAAAGAGUCUUUGUAAGUGUCAUAUGUAUGGAAAGAGCUUCAAAAAUGAUUCGUACCUAAUUAAGUGCCCAAGGAUCUAUGCAGGAAAGAAAUCUUUUAAGUAUACUGAAUGUGGGAAAACCUUCAGCCAGAUUUCACAAUUUAAUCUUCAUCAGAAAAUUCAUUCAGAAGAGAAACCCUAUAAAUGUAAUGAAUGUGGAAGAGCCUUCACCAAGCGGGCAAAUCUUACUCAACAUCAAAAAAUUCAUUCUGGAGAAAAACCCUAUAAAUGUAAUGAAUGUGGGAAAACUUUUAAUAAACGAGCAAACCUUACUCAGCAUCAGAAAAUUCAUUCUGGAGAGAAACCCCAUAAAUGUAAUGAAUGUGGGAAAGCCUUCUCCAUCAGAUCACAUCUUACUCAACAUCAGAGAAUUCAUUCUGGAGAGAAACCCUAUAAGUGUAAUGAAUGUGGGAAAGCUUUUACUCAGAAGACACACCUUAAUAAACAUAAACAUACUCAUAUUGGAGAAAAGCCAUUUAAAUGUACUGAAUGUGGAAAAGCAUUCAGUCUAAUUUCACAACUUAAUCUUCAUCAGAGGAUUCAUUCUGAAGAGAAUCCCUAUAAAUGUAGUGAAUGUGGUAAAGCCUUCACUGUCAGAUCACGGCUUGCUGAACAUCAAAGAAUUCAUGCUGGUGAAAAACCUUAUAAAUGUAACGAGUGUGGGAAAGCUUUUACCAAGCGGGCAAACCUUACUCAACACCAGCAUAUUCAUGUUGGGGAGAAACCAUUCAAGUGUAAUGAAUGUACAAAAGCCUUUAGCUAUAUUUCACAAUUUAAUCUUCAUCAAAGAAUUCAUUCUGGAGAGAAGCCAUAUAAAUGUAGUGAAUGUGGGAAAGCCUUCACCAAGCGGGCAAAUCUUAAUCAACAUCAGAAAAUUCAUUCUGGAGAGAAACCCUAUAUAUGUAGUGAAUGUGGGAAAGCCUUCACCAUCAGGUCUCGCCUUACUCAGCAUCAUAGAAUUCACUCUGGAUAGAAAUCCUGUAAAUGUAAUCCAUUUGGGAAAGCCUUUCCCACCAGGUCUCAUCUUACUUAACAUCAAAGAAUUCACAUUAUAGAGUAACAUUAUUAAAAAUGCAGAUGAUCAGAAAGGUCUCUGUUGUGUGGCAGUAGUAUGACCUGAGAACAUACUCCUCAGCAUCAAAGGAGGUGUAUUGAAUAUUGAACUUCAUAAAUUUAAUGACUAUUCUAAUCUUUAGCCAGAGUUCAUUUCUUUCUUGAAAUCACAGAAUAUCAAAAUUUGUAACAUGAAUUCAUUUCAUUUAAAAACAAAAACCUAAGAACUGGAAGGGACCACCAGAAUCAUCCAAUUUAAGCAAUAACUGAUCAAGAAUACCUUCUGUAACAUUCCUAACAAGUGAUUAUCCAGACUGUGUGAAGACCUACAAUGAAGGAAAACCUUCCAAAGCAACCCAUUCCCCUUUUGGAAUAGCUCACAUCAUUAAAUUUUUCCUUCCAUGAAACCUAAAUCUGAGUUUUUGCAACUUCUAGUCAUUGCUCCUAGUUGUCUCUCAGGCCAAGUGAAACAAUGUGAUAAUUGAUUAGCAAGGGCUUUGUCCUGGUUCUUCUACUUUCUCUCCAUUCUUUUUCAGAUAUCUCAUCAACUACCAUAGCUUCAAUCAUUAAGCUACAUGAUAGGCCUUCAGAUAUUUAAAGACAGCUUUCAUGUUUGCUUUGUCUUUUUGUUCUUCAGGUCAAACCUUCCCAUUUACUUCAGUUCUUAUUUGGCAUGUUAUCCUGUCCUCCCACUGUCCUGAUCACAUUCUUCUGGAGAUGUUAAAUUUGUUUAUGUCUUUUCUAAAAUGUGGUACUUGAGAUGAGGCCUGACUGGGAUAGAAUGUAGUGGAACUAUUAGCUUCCUCAUCUGAGAUAUUAUUUCACUCUUAAUGAAGCUUUUUAUUGCCAAGGCA